AUGGUGACCGGCUCGUCGGGCAGCCCCUCGCUCCUUGCCGAGGCCUGCGCCGCUAGCGCACCGGCGGGGGGCGCCCAACCCCCGUCGGCGCUCGCGGGACGCUCCCCUCCCCUCCCCGUCAGCGUCCGCGAGGCGCGGCGGGCGGCAUCGGCGGUCGGCUUGUUCGGCCUGCCACAACGGAGAACUGCUUGCCAAGUCGGCUGGGAGGAUCCCCAGAUCAUCGAUUGGGCUGUAACUCCAGUGUGUCCACGAAAAUGCAGCUGUGACCUAGCUCACUCAAGUGUGCACUGCUUCAGAGUAGGAGAAGUGCCUAAAGAGAUUGCUUCUUCUAUCCACAGAAUCCACAUCACUCACAGCAAGAUCAAAAAACUCCAGAUUGCUGAUGUUCACAGAAUGUCUGUCCUUGAAGAAUUUAUCUUGACUUGCAGUGGGACAGAAUCGGUAGAGACCAACACUUUCAAAACUUUGGAUGCUCUGAGAACCCUGGAACUCUGGAAAAAUAAACUAAGGCGCAUACCCACCUCACUCCCAGGAAACCUUGAAGUACUGAAACUUGGGAACAAUUUGAUAAGUGUUCUUCAUGAAUCUGAUUUUGAGGGCUUAAGGAAAUUAAGGGUACUUGAUAUCCAAAGCAAUCUGGUCAUAACUCUUUCAUUUAGUACUUUUUCUGUCCUUAGCAGUUUACAGAGUUUGACAUUAGAUGGAAAUAAUAUGGAAUCUGUGUCCAGACCAUUUCAUCUUCCCAAUCUAAAGUAUCUUAGCAUGGAGAAUAAUAAGCUGCAAUCUUUUUCAGGAAGUUUUUUCACAUUUUUUCACAAUUUGCUAUUUCUCAAUUUAAAUGGCAAUUUAUUGACAAACAUUCCCGAUCUGCCUAAUUCUUUAUUGUCAUUGAAGUUAAACAGAAACCAACUAAAAAUGCUAAAAUUUGAAGACAUGAAACAACUGGCAAACUUGUCAGAACUUUGCUUGUCUGAAAAUCAGCUUUCAUCAGUGGAUGGCAUGCAGUUUCUUUCCAGCUUAACUAGGUUGGAAUUGUCUGGGAACAAACUCCAAAUAAUUCCAAUUGGAUUACCUGCCACACUACAGAAAAUUGAUUGCAGUAAUAACUUAAUUGAGAUAAUUAAAGUACAAGAAUUUCAGGAUCUACAGGGCCUCAAGCAUUUGUUCCUUGAUAACAAUAUGGUUACCACAUUUGAAGAUGGGGCACUUGAGAAAUGCACACUUCUGUCCAAUCUAGCACUGGAAAAAAAUCAACUUACUUCUAUUCCAUUAAGACUCCCGCAUACACUAGCUAGACUGGAUCUGAAAGGAAACAGCAUACGAAGAAUUGAAGAACAAGAACUGACAAACUUAAUGCACCUGCAGGUUUUAAAUCUACGGAACAACAAGAUAUCCACCCUAAAUUACAGCCUCUUGAAAUAUUUGCCUCGUCUCAGGUACCUCUAUCUGGAUGGCAACCCAUGGAAUUGCACCUGUGAUCUCCUCAGAACCAGAAGGGUGCUUAUGGCCAAAGGAACAGAUGUCAAAGGAGGACAGUGCAGCUCACCAGCAGAAAGCCAGGGUGAGAGCUGGAUGUCUUCCAAAAGGAUCCUACAUUUGUGUGUACAUAACAGUGCAUAUUCAGUUGAAGAGGGGAAGGAAAUUGGAAAGAAGACCAAUGCUGAUGAUCUCUCUAAUCCCAGAGUAAACAUGGAUGAUUAUUAUGAUUAUGAAAUAGAUUAAGCACAUGCUUCCAAUAAACUUCUAUGGGUACCUUUCCUAGAAUUUGGGUUAAUUCAGCCCUCUCUAAGGCAGCACAGUCAUUUUUCUUUCAGAGCACAAUCCUAAUUAUGUUUAGAUGGAAAAAAAUUAUAAAUUUUACAACUUGUGCCCUUGGUCGACAAAAUUCAAUGCAUGUCACUUUUGAACCUAGCGAAACCAUUAGGCUUUGCAAAGCACAUCUAAAACUGAUCUUGUAAUACUAGAUUUAGAGGACUGGGCUGUAAAAAUCUCCCUUUUUCACUGCUUAGGAUGGGAUGCAUCUAAUCCUAUAUUCAUUCCCACAUUUCUAGACAAGUCACAUGUAUUUUCUUACUGAUAGCAAUGAACUGUAUACAAACAAGAUACAGAAUUAGUAGCCGAAAGGGUGGGUAGGUAGGUAAAAUGGUAUUAUUUUUGAAAUGAGAUGGCAUUUUGUUAGAAGGCAGUUUGCUAUGAAUAUGAGAUAUGGGGAAAACACGAUGCAAAUAUAUAGAAAUUAGUGCAUAAAUAUUUUUUCCUCAAGUUUGUGUGUUGUCAUUUUUUCAGUGCCCAUUCCCUGCUGGUGAAAGUAACAAUGCUCUAUAGAACCUUUAUAGGCUGCAAUGAAUAAAUUGACAAACCACUCCAUUGGUGGGUACACUGUGUGAAUAGUUAAUUAACUAUAAACUCACGGGUGUUCCAGGAGGAUAACAAUAAAAUCGAAAUCCAAAAUAAAAUGUACAUAUAGUAUUAAAGAAUUAAAUUUCACGAUAGAACACUAAAAGGACAAUCCUACGCCUGUGGCUGAGGCGUACUAGGAGUUAUAGGUGUUUGUUCAGUCUAAACAUGCAUAGGAUUGCACCCUUUUGAAAGCACCUAAUUGAAAGCAAUUUGUGCGACCUUAAAAAAGUAAGAGGCGAAGCCAGAGCGCCUGCGACAGCUUCUCGCAC